UGCGUUUCCUGGUGAAGUGACACAUUCCGUUCGCACUUGGAAGGAAUACGGCUGAGGGCCUAAUGGUAGUUAAACAACGGAGGAGGCCUUACUACAAAGAUCUGUCACUACUGGAGAAGGUCUUACUACAAAGAUCUGUCACUACUGGAGAAGGUCUUAUCUACGGAUGAUGCUGUCUUCCUUAGCUCCAACCACCACCAAGAAGGGUGUACCGUUAGUGUUCCACGAACCACAUGUGGAGACGGGAUUCCGUACGCCCCACCAGCCAUGGAGCUACUAUGUCUACAGCCUCUUUCAGAAACACAACGAAUGUAUGAAUUGUUGGACACACCUGGUAGGUCUGUGUUUGGCUCUGAGCAGGGCAGUUGACUUUGCACACAAUCACCGCAUGCUGGGAGACCCCCACAUGUGGCCCCUGACGGCUGGCCUGAUCACCAUGGUACUGAUGUACCUGUGUAGUACGACUGCUCACUGCUUCUCCAACAGGUCGGAACUCGUGCACUACACAGCCUUUAUGAUAGACUAUGCGGGUAUCGGACUGUUCGGAGUCGGCAGUGUCAUCCUCCACCACCAUUACUGCCAUGACGACGCCUGGGUGAACUCGUGGCUCCAGACCAACGCCGUCCUGGUGGGGAUGAUUCUCGGGGUGAUAGUCUGCUUCUGUUGCAGUGUGUCCAAAGUUAUAUACAAGCGGCCUUAUCCAAUUGCCAGGAAAAUUUGGCAGGUGUCCUCAGUGGUGGCUAUUUACACUUGGUUAAGUCUUCCCAUUCUGCUGCGGCUGUAUCAGUAUGCGGCCAUAGGUGUGUGGCACUCCAGUCUCGAUCACCACAUACAACAGAUGAUCUGGUUCGCUGUGGCGGGAUUCUUCUUCGGCUCUGACAUUCCUCAACGCUUCUUUCCAGGGAAGUUUGACUUUGUCGGCCACAGUCAUCAGAUAUUUCAUCUUUGUAUCAUCAUGGUGACCGAAAAACAGCUGGACGGCAUCACCCAUGAACUGGAACGGCUCAGCCCCAAGUUUGCCAACAUGGCGCUGCCCACCUUUUGGAACAGUAUAGGUGCAGUGUUUCUAGUCAUCAUGUUUAAUGGCAUUGUCGUAUAUCUAUUCCAUUUAUAUGUGAAAGAAAAAUUAGUCAAAGGGGAAAAAGUGGAAUAAGGUAAUCUGGGUAUAGGCAAUGCAUUGUGUGUGGUUGAAGGUAAAAAAGUGUGACUACCUCCCCAACUGGUAGACUUGGGAUAUAAAUGUCGGGCACAUUUCAUAUCCCAAGUUUACAACUGAGCUAUCAGAAUUAGGUUAAAUGUCUUUUCAAUGAAAAGCAAUGUCUUAGAAGGUAUGAUGUUGUUUAACAGAACAAAAAUAAGUAGUAGUAAUACUCUAAUGGAAAGUUGCCAAAUACAAGUAGUACAUAUAGCAUACAAAUGAUUGUGUCCUAAAAUGUCACUAGCACCUCUCAGCUAGCACAGUUAUACAUCACUUUAAUAUGAAAGCAUUGUAUAAUUUACAAAGAAACAGAUUUAAUUUAGUUG